AUCGCAUUCAGUGUGCGGAAUAUCUGCCAUCCAUGAUACGUGCUGUGACGGGCGUCUGCUGGGUCAGCUGUUAAAUAAUAUGUAACACUAAUUUAAAACGUCAAAUUUUUUUAUCAUAUUUUGAGAAUACUGGUGUUUCAUAAAUCGUGUUCUAAAAUAAGUUCUAAAAAAUCUAUCGAACUCUAUGGGUUUAACAACACUUCUAACGGAACUUUUCGCUUUUUCGUUAUAUCCUAUUACUUGUCGACGUAGUAGUAGUUGUGCGUAACGAAAUUAGGGCGUGAAAAGGUUCGUUUAGUUAAAUUGGAUAUUUAUAAAAUUUGAAAAUAAUACAUAUGACAAUACAUGGUACACAUGACAGCAAUCUAUCGAAAGCCGGGUCAACAAGUUACUUAGUUUUGCACGUUCGUUCUAUCAUUAAAUUAUUAUCACGAUGCAGUUUGCACAGGGUAAACAUAUGUCUACGAUAUUUCAUUAAACAAUUACGUAUAAUAUCACUAAUCGUAACUUGUCUGCAAAAGAAUGUAACCAUGAUAAUAAGCACAGAGCUAUACUAAUGCCAGUUGUUAUUAACGUUGAAAUAACGUAGGAAACCUAGGAUUUAUAUGGAUCAGACAUUGACACAAUAGAAAAUGUCUAGAAAGCGUGCUAGAGAAGAAACUAUGUUGAAUUCUACAUCGUAUUCAAAUGUUCAAAACGGACAGGAUGCAUCUUGCUCUACAAAAGAAUCGCCGAUUUAUCCUUCGAUUUGUAAAGAAGCUCCCUUUAGUGAUGAUCCUGAAGCAUUUGCUGAAAGGAAUGCGUGUGAUUACAGUGUUCGUAUCACAUUAAAAGUGGCAAAAAGUGGCAAAGCUUCUAGGAAAGUCAGAGUAUACGCAGAUGGUAUUUAUGAUCUCUUUCAUCAAGGACAUGCACGGCAACUCUUACAAGCAAAAAAUAUUUUCCCUAAUGUAUACCUGAUUGUCGGAGUUUGUAAUGAUGAAUUAACACACAGUAAGAAAGGAAGAACUGUCAUGACAGACAUCGAAAGGUAUGAUGCAGUAAGACAUUGUCGAUAUGUAGAUGAAGUGGUUAGAGAUGCGCCUUGGGAAUUGAAUGAUGAAUUUCUUAUAAAACAUAAGAUUGACUUUGUAGCGCACGAUGACAUACCCUAUAUGACAGAUGAUAGCACAGACGUUUAUGCUUUACUAAAAGCUAAGGGUAUGUUUGUUGCCACACAGAGAACAGAAGGAGUAUCUACAUCAGAUAUUGUAGCCAGAAUAGUGAAAGAUUAUGAUAUUUAUGUAAGGAGAAAUCUUGCACGAGGUUAUAGUGCCAAAGAACUUAAUGUUUCAUUUCUCAGUGAAAAGAAAUUCCGGUUACAAAAUAAAUUCGACGAUUUAAAAGAUAAAGGUAAACGUGUUAUGGAGAACAUAGGUGAAAAACGUAUGGAUAUGAUCAGCAAAUGGGAAGAAAAGUCUCGAGAUUUUAUCGAUGCCUUUCUGCUACUGUUUGGCAGAGAGGGCAGAUUGUCGACAAUUUGGAAUGAGAGUAAAGGACGAUUGAUGCAAGCACUAUCUCCUCCUGCAAGUCCAAACAGAGAUGGCAGCCCAAAUGGCAGUAAUAGCAGCAAUAAUGAUGAAGAUCAGAUAAGGUAAGGCAGUGUUAUCAGGAUGGCUUAUUCUAAUAUCGAGUGAGCAGAUAUUCAUUUCAUGUUUGGACGAGCUAACGGGAACACCGCAGAAGCUCGACAUUUCUAUCGAGAGACCUUUCCUCGGAGAUGGAGAACGUCUUCGACAGUCUAGAAUGUCGCUAUCAGACGUGUAUUGUUGCAAAAAACAUCAUUUUCAGUUAUUUCUUUAAAUAAAUUUUAAGCAUUCUUAAAAUACUCUAUCAUAAACAAAACGGGUUUAUAUCUCAGAAAGAAAAAGUUGUCUGCCUUAUGUUUAUAUGACCUUUUUUUUUAUCUUUAAGUAGAGUAGAAUAUGAUACCAACGUGGAAUUAUCUGUUUCGGUAUCACACUGUAUAUAGGUUUAUUUGAUCCCUUUUAGACGUAACUUUCCCCUAGAUGCACACCCCUAUUCGUUUCUACCGUUCGCUUGCCUUUUGCCUUUACAUCAUACUGUGCCUUGGCCAUUCAUGUUUUUAACCUAAAUGUCGCUCGCUUGUCUUUUCCCUUAUGUCUCUUAUUAUUAACCUAAAAGUUGCUUAUCACAUUGACGCCUUCAUAAACCAGUAAGCUCUUGCUAUGUAUCUUUUCUCUCCUUUACUUUCUUAUUUCUUGCUCUUUUCUAUCUCGUCCAUUCAUUCCACCUUUCUCUUCAUCUCCAUUCGGAUUUCUUUGCAUUUUAACGUUCUCUCUGUAAUUUCUCUUUCUUUUUUAUUUCCAACUUCUUAUGCAUUUCUCUAACUCUUACUUUGUCUUUAUGUCUUCACCAUUUAUCUUUGUCAUUCUUCUUUUCCCAUCCUCAUCUUGUUCUUGUUUCGGAAUCUUUUACCUUGUUUCCAUUUUUUUAAUUUCCCUCUUUAUUGUAUCUAUCUCCCUCAAUUUUUUCUCUAACUUAUAUAUUUUACCAUCUUGUUCCUCCUGAUUUUUUUUCAGUUUCCUUUUCCUCCUCUUUCUCACAAUCGUCUCACUACUCUCUGUAUCUACCUUGUUUCCUUUCCUUCCUGUGCAUUUCUUUCAUUAUUGUAUUUUUGUUUUUACUUUUUUUCACCUUUUCCUUCCUUUGUUACUAUUUAAUUUACUCUAUACAGGUUGAGUUACAAGAUACAAGACACCUGAACAUCACUAUUAAGAAUAAAGAUAGGAAAAAAUGUUAGAGGAAAACAUUACUUGUUUCAACAGUGCAAAUAUUAUAAGCAACUAAAUUUUUGAAGAUCAUAUUUUUUGAAAUUUCAAGAUCAUCAGUAUUUCUUUAAACGGGAUUACGUAUUGCUAUCUUCGUGGCGUAAUAAGUGAGGU